CUGCCAAAUUUGGAAUCGUCACCACCUUUUACGAUUAGAGGAGACUGUUUGUCUAUUAGCCUGUGUGUGAGUUUCGAUCUGACCGGAAGGCUUUAUUAGUAGUUCGGUUAUAUUGUCAUGAUUGUGAACGGAUACGGUUUGGAGACACCCGUUUUCUAGGAAAAACACCCAAGUGAACUAUGGCCCGUGGGAACCAAAGGGACCUGGCGAGGGAGAAGAACCAGAAGAAACAGAAAGAACUGGAGAGAAGGAAAGGAGCUAACGAAAAAGGGACAAACUGCGGCUUAAGCUUGGAGCAGAGAAAACAAAGGGACGCUGACGCGAUGCGUGAAAAACAGAAAAAGGCCAUGUCAAGCAAAGGAAGCGACACCAACUAAUUUACCAAUACCGUCACUAUUUGUUUGUUGUUGCUUCAUUUCAUCAGCCUUCUUCCUUCCUUGCCCAUUUUCACGUUGAAAAACAAACUGUAAUCACCAUUUUUAAAAAUAAAUUUAUAUUAUAAACAAUAGCAUAUUGUUUAUACUUAUCCUAA